ACACUCAUUCCACACAGAGACAGAGAGAUCGAAAGCAGAGAGAGUGAGAGACACAGAGAGACAGAGUGAGAAGAGAAGAAAAAAAAAAAAAAAAAGCCAGCAAAUCCUCAUUCCCCACCGUUCAGUACUGUAUUUUUAUCUGUGCGUGAACAGUCCUCCUCCACACGUUGCCUGCCUGUCACCGCACCCUCUGAGGGGAAGGGGAGGGGAGAGAAGGGGAGGGGAGAGGGGAAGGAAAAGGAGGGAGGCGAGCGGGGGAGCAGAACCCCAGGAGGAGAAGAACGGCUCGGGACCCACAGGCUCCUCCGGUUCCCUGGAUAACAGAGGCAAGAGGAGAGUCAUCCCCCUCAACCUCCCAGUCCUCACCAUGGAUCCCAAAGACCGAAAGAAGAUUCAAUUCUCUGUGCCUGCGCCCCCGAGCCAGCUAGACCCUCGCCAGGUGGAGAUGAUCCGCCGCCGAAGACCAACCCCGGCCAUGUUGUUCCGAGUUUCAGAGCACUCUUCUCCAGGUGAGGUCCCUCCGGAUAAAGAUGGGGGUAGAAUGAGUAUUAAUCCCAAACUUUCGCUCUGGCAGAGAUCCUCCGGAGAGGGGCAUCACCUCAAGAGCAAGAGACCCAAUCCCUGUGCCUAUACUCCACCUUCUCUAAAAGCUGUCCAGCGCAUUGCUGAAUCACACCUGCAGUCCAUCAGCAACCUGAGUGAGAAUCAGCCUUCUGAUGAAGAAGAAGAAGAAGGUGAGCAGGGAAGCCGAGGAUGUCCGGGAGAGGAGGAAGAAGAAGAAGAGGAGGAGGAAGAAGAGGAGGAAGAUGAUUCUAGCCAGGCAGAAAUUAUCAAGGGCAGAAAGGAGCCUGCUGUGCAGCCGACUUCUUGUGGCCAGGGCCUGGAGGGGCCUUGGGAGCGGCCACCCCCACUGGAUGAGCCCCAGAAGGAUGGAACUUCUGAAGGAAAGGAAGAGAAAGAAGAGGCUGUGCAGAAUGAACCUGGUGAGGGGACCCAGCAUCCUGGUCCUCCUGUUCCUGGCACAUAGACAUCCCCGAAUGCUGUUUCUUCCUUCUACCAACAAAGAGGGAGGAAGAUGGGGGAACAGCACUGUUUCCCACUCCCUACCCCCUACCUCUCACCUGCCAAGGCUGCAGCUUCUGAUACCUAGAAGAUCGAGGCUAGUCUAUGUGUUUGCUUGUUUGCCUGUCCCUUUGCUGAUGCCCAGGGCCCCCAGACAUUCCUUGAUGCCCACCCUUACCAUCCAUAUUAUUCCCUGAUUUCCCCCUCCCUGAGUUGAGGAGGUAAAGUUGGGUUAGUUUUGAAUCCCAUUCUUGUCUUGGCCCAUCUCUCAUGCUAGAGAUUCCAAGGCACUGGAUUCAGUAAUUGAACCUCCCACCAUUUCUAUUUCUUGGAGCCCCCUUCUUCUUAGGCAUAGGAGACCCACAGGGCAGGACCCUAAGCCCAGAGUCGGGGGGAAAAGCAUGGAGAGAUGAGAACUCCCCCAUUCCUCUGGCUUCAGGAACUCUUUUGAAGCAUCUCUUGUAGCCCUUUUCCCUUUAUUUAGCUUUGCCUAGGGCACAGGUCUCAAGUGUCCCUCCUACUUUUUGGAAAUUGCUUCCAUUCCUACCACUUCUAAUGGGGAGCCUAGAUGCCUGAGUCCCUGGGAGCCCUUCCCCUCACCCUAAGAUGGUCUGGGGGGGAUUGUGUUUGUUUUAUUUUGCUUUGAUGCCAGGAAUGCAACCUAGCCUAUGUGUGUGGGAAUAUGUAUUUGUUCUGGGUGGGGGUGGGAUAAGGUUCCCCCACCCUCAAUCUGCCCUGUUGCCCAUGUACCCUUUUCCCUACUACUGCCAAUGGGCCUGCUCCCCUUCCUUGCUGGAAUAAAGCUUUGUAAAUAACUCU